AUGGAAUCCACUAUGGUCCGAACUCGAGUUGACUGGCAGUAUACUGCGGAGCGUUCUGAAGAGUCGAGCCUUAGUAUAAUAAAUGGAACGUACUGGCCCCGGGGUAAAAUGCUUGGAGGAUCCAGUGCCAUAAACGGAAUGCAGUAUAUUCGUGGAAAUCGUCAAGAUUACAAUGAAUGGGAGAAACUUGGUAAUCCAGGUUGGGGUUGGAACGAUGUGUUAAAGUAUUUCAUAAAGUCGGAAAACAACCGCAUUCCCGAAAUCGUUAACGGGUUUGGAGGCAAGUACCAUGGGGUGGGAGGUUAUCUGAACAUAGAUUAUUUUUACGGUUCGACACCGUAUAACGAAAUUCUUCUUCAAGCUACACGAAUAGCUGGCUUCAACCAAAUCGUUGAUAUCAAUGCCGAAGAACACAUAGGUUAUGCAAUGUUUCAAUAUAAUAUUGACGGAGCCACAAGAGAUAGCUCAGCAAAAGCAUUUCUCGUCCCUAUUGAAGGUCGGGAGAAUUUGCAUAUAAUCAAAAAUGCACUAGCGGUGUCGCUCAAAUUCAGCUCAGCAAAUGUUGUGCAAGGUGUUAGUAUGGUAAUCGGGGAUCAAUUUCCACUCGAAGCAAUUGCAAAAAAAGAAGUUAUUUUAUCAGCCGGAACUGUUAACACCCCACAAUUGCUUAUGCUAUCAGGAAUAGGAAAACGGGAAGAUCUCGAGCCCCUAAAUAUUCCAGUACGAGCUGAAUUGAGUGUGGGGGAAAAUUUGCAGGACCAUGUCUUUGUACCUAUUUUCUUUGGACUCAGAAAACUAAUUACUGAUAUAGAACAAAUAAGAUGGGAUACUCUAAUUGAUUUGUUUGAAUUUACACUACGCAAUCGCAGUCAUCCUGUUAUGUAUGACAGACUCGUCAACAUUGUAGGGUUUGCUAAUACGAGAAGCACCACAGGGCUUUUUCCUGAUGUUCAGUACUUGAAUAUGUUUAUCGCUAGGGGCGAGGUUAAUGUGGUGAAUUUUUUUAGAGGGAUAGGGUAUGAAUCGAGUAUUUUGAAAAUUUUGACAGAAUAUAUACGACAGCAAACAGUCGUUGUCGUCUUGGUUACAAAUAUCGAUCCUAGAUCACGGGGUAAAAUUCGUAUAGAAUCAGCCGAUCCGUAUGAUCAUCCAUCUAUCAUAACAGGUUAUUUAAAUGAGCAAGAUGACGUAGACGUAAUACGGCAGGGAAUUCGCAUUCAGCAAGAAUUGUUCGAAACGGAAACAUUUAAAGAAUACGAUACAACUGCUUUACCUAUAACACUAGCUGAAUGCGACGAAUUAGAAUACGAUUCCGACGACUACUGGGAUUGCUACAUACGACAUAUGAGUACUACAUUGUACCACCAAGUGGGUACAGCAAAAAUGGGUCCCGUAACUGAUCCUGAAUCCGUCGUUGACUCACAGCUUAGGGUACAUGGAAUUCAGGGGUUGCGAGUAGCUGAUGCUAGUAUUAUGCCAACAAUAACCAGCGGUAAUACUAACGCUCCAACUAUAAUGAUAGCCGAAAAGGUUUCCGAUAUGAUUAAAAAUACUCAUAAAUAGUAUCUCUAGAGGUGUUUGUAACAUUGUAGGUGUUUUAAUAAAGAAGCUAUUUCCGUCCUGUGACUGUGUUUCAUUUCUCCAAGUUAAAUCUAUAUGG